AUGCGUUCGCAUCCUCAUCGAGGUCUCAUUGCCAUCACUUUAGACGAGCCGCCUUGUUCAUUAAGAGCCGGCCAAUCUGCUGGUAACGGGAUGAUCUUGCCAUUGUUCGCUCGGGCGCAUUUGCAUAUCCAGGCCAAAAAGAUCGGUACGGAAGCGUCGAAGCAGCAAAACGGCAGCCUAAAAUAUGAUCCAGCUGUUUGUAGAGCUCCCUUUGUGGACGAUCCGCUGAAGACAAAUGGAUUUUGCUUGCACUUUGAAUGA